CAAAGAGCACGCACGCUUUUGCGCUAACCAAUUUUAUUUAAUUUCGCAAAUAUAUAACAUUGCGAAAAAAAAGUGAAACCAAGAUAUAUUUGAGUUGUGUUCACAAAGCAAAGCAUCGAUAUAAAAGUAGGAUUUUAACUGUAAUUGGAAUUAGUACAUAUUAAUUUUGCUGAAUUUGUCUUGAAGUCAUAAAAAAUUGUGUUCGUGUUUUCGUCUACAAAAUGUCUUACUGUCGUAUAACCGGAAAAGCGCCAAAAGCAAAACCCAAUUACUUUCCAUUGCUACCACCAAUUUCACCCGCUGACGCACGUCGGUUUUGCCGUAUCACUGGCAAAGCAUAUGGAUUACCAACACAUUGUUAUAUUCCCGUGAUAUUAACGGCUUUUUCAAAUAAGUCCAAGUGCAGGAUUACCAACUCGGAACAACCGCACCACCAUUACGAGCCCGAUUAUGAGUAUGGACGACGAAAACACAUUAUGCUGGCCGAUUAUCGAUAUAUGCUGCCAGUACUUGAUGAAACGAAUGAUAAACAAAGAAGUCUAAUCGAAAUAUUAAAUUCAAAAGAUGUGCAAUGUGAUGAAAACUAUUUCAUUUAUUCAAUAAAAGAACAGAAAUGCAAUUUAGUUUUUCCAGCACAUUUGGAGGCUGCUGUUAGAGAUGGUGAUGUGCGAGAUGUGAUGUUUGCAAAAACAAAUGAUUCGGUGCUUUUAUAUAUGAAAAAAGGCAAAAGUGUGUCGCUGGAUUUAAAAGAUUAUGAAAAUGAAAAAAAUCUAUUUGAAGGAGAAGGGCCAAGGUGUGAUGUAGUUAUAGCUCGUCAAAAAGAAGAAAAUUCAUCUUAUCAAAAUGGAUCGAAACGUAAGAAAAACGGAUUACAAAAAAUUAAAACCAUUGAUGGCAGCGCUUGUGUAUCAAAGGAAAUAACGUCAAUCACAAAUGAUGACCAUUCACAACAUACACCAAGUGAUGAAAUUAAAUCAUCAAAUCAAAUUGACACCGAUAAAAGUGAUUGUAAAGAACAAAAGCACAGUGAGGCACAAAAUCGGGAUUCACUUUUAAAUAAAAACGUAGACCUCAAUGAUGCCAAGCUAUGUGAAUCGAUUCCAAAUCAAAGCGAAAUUCUCAAAAUAAUGCAGAAUUAUACAAAAGGGACGGUAGUUCAUGACAGUUCAAAAAUUUCAAGUUUAUCGAUAAAUAUUGGAACCGAUGAAAUACCAAGAAAUGUCUUAAUACUUGGUUGCAUUGUUAAUACGGCAGACGGUGAUGUUUUCGUAGCUGGACGGACGGUUUACACCGAGAAUGGUUUGUCCAUUUUUGAGCCCGGUAUAUAUGUGCAAAGCAAAAAUGGACCAGCUUUUAUACCAGGGCAGAUCGUAUAUACUGAGGAAGAAGGUGAAGAACGUUUUUGCCCUGGACAAAUUAUUGACACCGAAUUUGGUCCACGUUUCGUCCCAGGCAAAAUUUGUGAAGUCGAUGGAGAAGUCACAUUUACUCCAGCUCAAAUUGUUCAAACUGAUCAAGGACCAAAAUUCAUUGCCUCUGAUUUACAAGAUGAUGAGAAUGGUGAACGUAAAUACUCGGUACAAAGUUUUCUUUUGUUUCCGGAAGAAAUGACUUUGUUAAAACCAAUGCAUAUCUGGACGUCUCAUUCAACAAACGGAGAUCAAACUAUAGAUAUUGAUAUGAAUAUGUUUAAUCAUUUAUCUGAGGCUGGCAUAAUUGUUGGUAGUCAAAUUGAGGUGAUGACAGAUGUUGAUGUAAACGCUCUCUUCCAAAAAACCAUAAACGAACAAGCUAUUCGGAAACUGGCGGGAUAUUUGGGAUACAAUGAUGCAAAACAAUCAACACAAAUUGCUAAUUUUGAAUGUAUUUUUGAAAAAAUUCAGAUUUUUAUUAAUAUGGUGCAAAAAAAUCCGCAAUAUUUUUUUAGUAUCACAGGUAACACCAUAAAUAACAACAACAACAACAACAACAACAACAACGACGACGACGAAAAUGUCAUAGAUUUUAUAAAAACGAGUGCAAAUACAACUAAUGCAAAUACUGACUUAAAAUUGAUUAAUAUAAUAUCAAAAACAGUGCUCGACUGUGUCCUAUAUGAAUCAGAAGUAGACACAUUGCAUGAUGGUCAAAAAUUUCCGUUCAAAAAUAAUCUUUUCUCCUAUGAAAUUAUUAGUCAAUGUUUCAUAAAAAAUCUUAAGCAAUAUAGCGAACAAUUUGAUUCAUUGAAAGAUUUAGAAUGCUUCGAGAGAAUUGAGAAAUUACUUUCAUCGCCAGAAAUAGCGUCACAAAUCAAAAAUAGCGUCAAAAUGUUAGCGGCACAGAAUAUCAAAGUAAAUAAAAUAGACAUGAUCAAAGCGAUGAUAAAUGAAAGGACCGAAGAAAAUAAAACAGACAUUUUGGAAAAUAUUCGCAUUAUUAUGGAAAACGAUGCCAUAGAUGAGUUAUUUGAAUCCGUACACAAUCUCAUUUAUCACGAGCCGUCCUUAAAGCUACAAAUCAUUACUGAAAUGCAAAAACAAACAAAGAAUCUUACAAAUGAAAAUUCAGUUGUUGAAAUUUUAAGAAAUUGUAUUGUUGCAGCUGUGCAAAAAACGACCAGUAAUGAUAUAAAACAGAUUAAUAACUCCCCUGGAAAUGAUACAACUGAAAAAAUAAAUAUAUACCUUACAGAUACAAUAUCGUUGGCUAGAGCGCUCGGCUUUACCGAUUGCAUUCUAAACUUGAGCAAUAUAAUAAAUAGUGAUGGAGAUGUUAUUGAACAGCUAAAUAAAGAUGAGAAAAGCUAUGAAUUGUUGCAAAGAGUAAUUGUGAUGCAUAAAUUGUCUAAAAAUGAUGAAAUACGAGAAAAAGCGUUGGAGCUGCUUCGCAAAGAUCCAUAUUCAUCACGUAAUGAUAUUAAUCUGAGAGAAUUAUUGCGGUUAUCGGGAAUUUGUACAAUAAAUUUGACGAAGGAAAAUACGAUAAAAGAUUCAAACGAUAUUCCCAUUUCUCUAAUAUACUCGGGUAAUCAAUUAGCGAUACAAGACUUUUUUAUGCGAACACAGUCAAAGCCAAGUGGUCCAAUUUUAAUUGUUAAGGACCGUUUCCAAGCAGUAGUUCCCAGGGAAUCCAGUCGUGAUGUAUUGACUGGAAAAUGCUCUUAUAAUGUAUUGGAUGAGAACGGAAUUCGUCAUUUUGAGCCAUUGCAUAUGUUCACAGCACUCAAAUUGAAAAAUGUAACUAUGUUCGAGGAUCGAUAUUCAUCAUAUUCUGCACAAAAUAACACUAAUAACAAAAUAGAAAAAAAAUAUGACAUUGAUAUUGACAGCAUAUUAAAUAUGAGUGCAAUAGCAACAGCAUCAAGUAACGGUUUCAUCACAUAUAAAUCCACUAUUUUACCUCGAAAAGAGCUUGAUAGCCUUUGUAUAACACACCGAAAUUCUUCCCAUCAAGUAAACUACAGACGAUCAUUUUAUUUAAAAUCAGCAGCGAAAGAUUUAACAAAUGUGUAUGAUAUAUUAAUAGUUAAUCAAAAUUUUGUCGGUGAUGGACCGGGUUCCCUGACGCUUCGACGCGGUGAUCUGGUUGAAGUGCUUGAUAUGAAAUCAAAAAAAAACUCAGGAGAAGAACAAGAUAUAAAUGAAAAGUGGUUAGUUCGGGUUUUUGACAGUAUUGAAACUAUGAAAGAAGGAUGGAUACCAGCUUCGCUUUUAGAAAAUAUUGAUUCUGAACAACAAGCAGAUGAAGCGAUUUAUGGUGAUCGAUGUGAUGAUGCAGCUUAUCGUCGACAAGCGGUCGUACGCGAACUGAUUGAAACAGAAGAAGAGUUUGGACGUGAUUUAACGCGCAUUGUUGACAACUAUAUCAAAACAGUCGAAAACAGUAAACCACCGAAAAUUGUGUCAGACAAUAAGGAUUUAAUUUUUGGAAACUUCAAACAGAUUACUGAAUUUCAUAACACGGUUCUCAUUGAAGGCGUUAAAUACCAUUCAGACCAGCCCUGUCUCCUUGGAAAAACAUUUUUGAGAUUGGAACGAGAUUUUGAUAAACAUGUAAUCUACUGUCGUGAUGAGCCCAAUGCUCAAGAAUUUUUACAUGAACGCAAGGAAGUUCGAGAAUAUUUUCAGGACCUUUCACAAAAAAUUGGUGACGAAAAAAGUUUAUCUGAACAUUUACAAUUGCCAAUCCAACGAAUCAACGAUUAUCAGCUUCUACUCAAGGAAUUGGUGAAGUAUUCACAACGUCUAGGAGAAAAUGUGUCGGAUUUGCAAAAAGCUCUCGAAUUGAUGUUAAGUGUUCCACAUCGUGCUAUUGAUAACAAAUUCUUAGCAAGUAUCGAAGGUUUUCGAGGCAACAUACAUAAACUAGGUCGUUUACUGGGCCACGAAUGGUGGACUGUUACCGAUAAGGACAAAAAGGCCAGAGAACGUUAUCUAUUUUUAUUUAAAUCAAGAAUCUUAGUGUGUAAAGUUCGUCGUAUAUCUGAAGAUCGCUCUGUAUUCAUACUAAAGGAUAUUUUCAAGUUACCCGAGAUUGACAUCGUUGAUCAAUCGGAUGGUGUAAGCUUAACCAUUAAUGCAAAAACAAAUCACCCCAAUAAUCGACUUCCAUUGAUAUUGACUGCAAAUCAAACUGAGCUGAAAGAAUGUUGGCUGAUAGAAAUCAACCAAUACGCGACUGAUCCAUUGACAUUACAUGAGCAUAACGUUGAUGACUUGCGUGUUGAUCCAACACAAAUUAAACCUGAUUCAGAAUAUGAGAGUUUUCAUUUGCCAAUACAGCGAAAGGCAUCGUAUGAAUCAGACGGUAUAAAACCUUCAUCAGUAGCUAAAGAUUACUUUUUGUCUGAAGAAGAAAGGGCAUAUUACGCAAAACAACAAGCCGAAGAUCGAAAGAUUCUUCAGCAACAACAAAAAGAAUUUGAACAACAAAAAUCACUGACGGCAACCCUAAUAAAAACUAAAACAAAAGCCCAAGCUCAGACGCAAGGGCAAGAAAAAGUGCCUGCACCGACACAAGCAGAUGUUCAACUAAUUGCACAACAAAGUGAAACAAAAGUUCCGGAAGUCGAAACUUCAGCUAAAGUUAAGAGUGUAGAAAAACACGUGAAACUAAUUCGUAGCACUGCCAUUGAACAGCAAAGUGUUGAAAGUUUAGCUCAGUCAAUACAAUCAUCGACAAGUACCGAAGUAACUGCAAAAGUUCCAGCUGAACGCAAUAAAGUUGAAGUCGUUGUUGGAGGUUCAAAACAAAAAGAUUCCAUCAAAACAAAAGAAGAAAUUAAAGUUACAGAGAAAAUCGAAAAUUCAAAACAAAUUGCACAAGAAGCAGGUAAACAGGAUAGCGUUGCCUCUCAAAAACUAGUUAUCAGUAGUGAAGAUAGCAUAAAUCAAAAUAUUUAUCAAAAAGGAUUCAAUGUUGAUGAUAAGAAAUUAACCUUUGCUUCGAUUAAUACUAAUAAAAUAGCGCAACCAAUAACAAUGCACGAAGGCAACACAAUGAACGCUUUAAAUAUGCUUACUAAACAAAUGCCAUCCGAUAAACGGCAAGCGGCCGAUACUAAUACAAAUGCUAAUCAAAAUAAAAAUGAUAAUCUCACAUCUACGCAAAAUAAUCAAAAUGCUUUAUGCAAACAAACACCACUUCAUCGCUUGCAAACCAUUUCGAUAUUUAAUUUUGGCGAUAAGCCAGGUGCUCCUGGACAGCCGCCAAUAUCGAAUUUACCAGAUUUCUUACUGCCGCCCCAUUUAAUUACAUAUGAAACAUCAAUUGAAAUUAACUUUCGAAAAAUACCACCGCCACAACCACUGCCACCGCCAAAAUUCAUUAAAAAAAUGCUUGUGCAUACGGAGAGCUUAGAACGUCGAACACGUGCUUUCCUCACUGGAAAAUUUGAAGUUGGUACAACCGAUAAUUCGCUUCGUACUGCACGCCAGAAAAUUCGUUCGUUAAAAUCGACCAUAUUAAAGUCGGAUGAUGAAGUUAAGCAUGCCGAAGAUACUAUAAAUAAGGCACAGUCUGGCGAUUUUCUCAAUAUCUUUGCUCCCCCAAUUGUAGAACCGCCACUAUACGAAUUUAUUGAAGUACCAUCGUCGCAACGAUCGGAGGAUGAAUUGUCAGAAAAUUUAAAUCAUCGCAGCGAACGGGGUCAAUCAGUGCAGCAACAGGAACUAGAAAACAUGGAAGACUAUUAUUCUUCGAAAUAUUCAACACGCUCAUCUCGACGCCGAGUCGAAGUUAGUGGCAGUGGAAAUGGUAAAAACGAAUUGGGUGGUUCAGCAUAUGAAACAAGUAGCUAUGGAGCAACGAGACAUAGUCGCUACUCAGCAUCACGGACUGAAGAGCGAAUCACAUCGAACGGCAAUUUGAAUGCAGUUUCAUCAUCCACUAGUGCCACUAGUUAUUUUGCUAUCACAGGGGAGGAGGGUGUUGGAAAACCAGUUAUUAAAAAAACAUGCAAAGGCGUCACCAUCGAACCUGGUAACAAUGCAUCAUUCGAAAUUCAAUUGGAUGAUAAGGCAGGAACUAUCACUUGGCUUAAAGAUAAUAAGCCACUUGACGAUCGUUUAGCUGACCGUAUAUCAACAUCUGAAUUACCUGGAAACUAUUAUUGUCUGGAGAUUAAACAUUGCUGUGAAUCGGAUAGUGGAUUGUAUACCGCAAAAGCAAGCAAUGGUCCAGAUUCAUCAACUUGUUCCGCACAAUUGAUAGUUUGCGAAAAAAGUGAAGAGGAAAAAAAGAGUCUCAUCGAACAAAAUAUACCAUAUUUUGCAAUUCGUCUCACUGAUACUGAAGUCAUGGAGAAUACAUUUUUACGCUUCAUGAUAAAAGUGCUUGGUGAGCCAAGACCAAAAAUUCAAUUCUACAAAGAUGACACAUUGAUUGAUGUAAACGAUUCGCAUAUUCAAAUUAACUCUGAAAAAGAUUACUUAGGCUCUUAUGAGCUAAUUAUUCCCGAAGUAAAGUACUCGGAUGCUGGAAGAUACUUUUGUACGGCCAUAAAUAAAUAUGGAAGUUCUAAUUGUGAGGCCAAGGUCACUGUUGUCGAAGACAAAAAUGUUUUCGGUGAAAAUUUCGGAAAAAUUUUACCAGCAGGCGAGCAACCACUCUUCAAAUGGAAACGAAAUGGAAUUGACUUUGACCCCGAAGAGCGUUUUAAAGUUAUUUUGGGUGAAGAUGAAGAUUCGCUUGCUUUAUUUUUUCAACAUGUCAAACCAGAAGAUGCUGGAAUUUAUACAUGCUGUGCGCAGACAUCAACGGGCAAUAUUUCGUGCAGUGCUGAACUUACAGUUCAAGGAGCAGUCCAACAGUUAAUACGUGAACCGGAAAAACCUCAGUUGAUUAUUGAGCACAAAGAAGCAUCGGCCAGCAUUGGUGGAACUGCCAUGAUUGAAUUGCAAUACAAAGGUUAUCCAAAACCAACCAUCGAAUGGAGACACGAUGGUGAAGUAAUUGAAGCGGGUUCCAAAUACAAAUUUUUGCAUGAAGAUGCCGAAAGUAUGUCGUUGGUAAUAAAAAGUGUUGCUGCGGAGGAUGCUGGUUUUUACUCAGUUUCGGCCAUAAAUGACCUUGGCGAGGAUUCUGGGGUGGUCAACUUACAAGUUAAAAGCGGUCCAAUUUUACAAAAGAUUGAUGACUUUACAUGUAAUGCAGGGGACCGUCUUGUUAUGUCUAUUGAAGUGUCUGGAAAUCCAUCGCCCACCAUUAAAAUAUUGCACAAUGGCAAAGAACUUACAGGAACUGAACGGAUUACUGUUACGCGUGGCGAAGAAGUUAAUCAGCAGACUACCUAUACGGUUGAAUUCAAACGAGCCGAUCUAUCUGAUUCUGGGGCAUAUACAAUUAUGGCAACAAAUGAAAUCAAUACAACUUCUGAAUACUUUAAUCUCACCGUACUAUCGCCUCCAACGGUGAUCAAACAUCUUGAGCGUGAAUACAUACACGGUGAAAAGGAAGAAAUUAUCAUGUCUUUUAGAGCGAAUGCUUAUCCAGAACCAGAGGUAAAGUGGCUUAAAGAAGGUGUUGAAAUCAAUGAGAAAAGCGAUGCGAGAGUUCGUUUCGAGCGCGACGGUAAUGCUUAUGUUAUGAUUAUAACGGGUGCUGUUCGUACUGAUGCUGCAAAAUAUGGUUGCAAAUUGAAAAAUGCCCAUGGCGAAAUUACUGAAGAUAGCAGAGUCCGUAUCAAAUGCUCACCAGAUUUUAAAACAAAAUUAAAGAGCAUUACAGUAACUGAGGGCGAUACGAAUGUGGAACUUUGUGUUGCUGUGCAAGGUUAUCCAAAACCAGCAAUAAAAUGGUUCUUGGACGGAAUGGAAAUUAGUGAAAAAAGGACUGAAUUUAAAGAAUCCGAUGAUGGCGAAACAUACAAAUUAUUGCUUACAAAUGUUACUACGGAUAUGCAUGGAAAAUACAGUUGCGUUAUUAAAAAUGACUAUGGAAAAAUUGAGGAUGAAUGCUCAGUUACAGUAAACUGUCAACCAAAGAUUAGGAAAUCUUUGACGGAUGUUGAAAUCGCUGAGAAAGAAACACUUUUGCUCGAAGUUGAAGUGUAUGCUGUUCCAGAACCAAAAAUUGUUUGGUUUAAAGAUGGCCAGGAAGUUCAUUCUGACGCAAGAAUCAAGAUUCAACGUGAUUCUCAACGCUUGGAAACGUAUAAUUUGACACUAAAUCUUAUUAAACGCGAAGAGGCUGGCGUUUAUGAAAUGAAAGCGUCAAACACUCUUGGUACGGCAGUUUCGAAAAGCGUUGUCAUCGUUAAUACUCGAGAAGUUUUUACAAAACCGAAACUAGAUGAACAAGUUGACGCCAAUAUACUUGUCGAAAACGAAAUUGAAAAACCAAAAAAAGAAUCAAGUGAACUUGACACACGGACACAGUCUAUUUGCACUAAAAUUGAUGGGAAUGGUGAAACGGUUACCAUAUCUGUUAAUACAGAAGAAUCACACGAAUCCACACUAUCAGAAGACGACAUUAGUUUACCCACAGCAACGAAAUCGUGCGAAAUGUCAAUGAAUCAAUUCAAAAAGAACGUUCCAUUUGAGGAUGGCAUAGCAGAGAUGACAGUUACCAGAAUUGUCAUGGAAGAGCAAGAAGUGAUUACAACUGAAAUCGAUGAUGAUGACAUUGAAAUGGAUAAACCGAAAAAAGACAUCGAAUAUGAUCUUCAGAGUAAGAUUGAAGAAAAAGCGAAAAAACUUUAUGCUGAACUGGCAGAAGGAAGCGAAAAUGAAAAGUCGCAACGUAGAUUGGAUCGACAGAGUUCAUUGAAGGGUGCCAUUCUAUACGAUAUUGAAGAAAAGAAUGAAGGCAAUGAACUAUCACCAGACGAUGUAAAAGCGCAACGCAUUAAAGAAAUCCGAGCGAAUGCUCGACGAGCAUCAUUGCAGAAACAAGACCAAAAUACCGAUGACAUUCAAGCACAUCCUGUCGAAGAGGUUGAAAUUACAAAACCCAGAUCAAAAUCUAUCGAUAUGAAUUCAAAACCACCUAUCGCAAAACGACCAAGCAUUGUUGAAGAUUUAGAAGAACCAAAAGACUUAUACAUGGAAAAUUUACUUCGCCAAGCUCGACGCCAGCGUAGCGUCUUAGAUGAAAUUGUUGACCAAAAAGAACGGAGUUUAUCCCGAAGUAGAGAAACAUCUCGCCAGCGUAGCAUUAUAAGUGAACGAAAAGGCAGUGUAUCGCCAGAGGAAGAACAAAAACCAGAGAGUUUUGAUGUGUCUGGCCAUCGACCAAACUUUAUAUCUGACAUUGAAAAUCACACUGUAGACAUGGGUCAGCCAAUAAAAUUGGAAGCAAAAAUUGAAUGCAUUACAAAACCGAAAAUUACUUGGUUCCAAGAUGGAGAACAAAUCAAACCAGAUGGAUUGCAUGUACGCACUGAACAAAUGCCCGAUGGAUUAGUUAUUUUGCACAUUGAUAGUGCCGAAUUGUCUGACAGUGGUGAAUACCAAGGUAUGUUUUUCUUUUGUUUUUUUUUUUUUUCAUAUAAUAUAGGCGAUAAAAAGAAUUCGUAUUCUUUAUUUUAUAAAAGCCUAUUAAAUUCUUUGGAAGACUUUAAAAAGGAACUUUAA